AUGGGACCAUCUGUGAGCAACAGCAUUCAUGUCGUGUCAGCUGGUGAUGCCCAAGGCAACAUUAAGGGUGAAUUCGGUUGGGUGUCGCCCGAAGGCACCAACGUCCAAUUAACCUAUGUUGCCGAUGAGAAUGGUUACCAGCCAAAGAGCGAUCUCUUGCCCACUCCACCACCAACUCCAGAAGCCAUCAUCAAGGAGCUCGCGUGGCUCAGCUCUCACCCCCAAAAGGACGCCAAGAACUAAAGCCAAACAAAAUCAUAAAUUAUAUGAUUGGAUGAUGCCGCCGAUAAUUGAAAGAUUAUAUUUAUAUUGAACUAGAACUUGACUUGAUGAUGCUGAUAAGAUGGAAGGCGAUGGGAUUGAAUGGAUAUGUUAUGUGAUACUCGAGUUUUAUUGUUAUACAAAAACAAUGCUAGGCUCGAAGAAACUUUUCCACUUGUUGCCGAUUUUCAGUUUAUAUUUUAUGUUUUUUUAAAUGCAAA